AUGAAGACUGUUACCUGUACUGCUCCCGUCAAUAUCGCUGUCAUUAAAUAUUGGGGCAAGCGCGAUACAGAGCUUAUUUUACCUACCAACAGCUCCUUGUCUGUGACAUUAUCUCAAGACAUUCUUCACAGCAAGACCACCAUCUCUGCUGCCAAGGAAUUCUCUCAUGAUCGUCUCUGGUUGAACGGCAUCGAGGAAGACAUCACCAAGAACAAGCGUAUGCACAACUGUUUCCGUGAAACUCGUGCUAUCCGUCAAGCCAUGGAAGCCAAGGCUGAAACUGAAGGCAACCCCAUUGAGCCUCUCUCUACCUACCCUGUUCACGUUUGCUCCGAGAACAACUUUCCCACUGCCGCUGGUCUUGCUUCUUCAGCCUCUGGAUUAGCUGCUUUAGUAUACACCUUGUCUCAACUGUUUGAAUUGACCAUCUCAACAUCUGAAGUAUCCAGAAUUGCUCGUCAAGGCUCUGGAUCUGCUUGUCGCUCCUUGUUUGGUGGGUUUGUUGCUUGGGAGAUGGGAGAGAAGGAUGAUGGAUCUGACUCAUAUGCUGUGCAAAUUGCUCCUGAAACUCACUGGCCUGAUUUGCAAGCCUUGAUCUGUGUGGUUUCUGACGCCAAGAAGGGUACUUCUUCUACUGCAGGCAUGCAGUCUACCAUCAAGACCAGUCUUUUGAUGAACGAGCGUAUCAACAACAUUGUUCCUGCUCGUAUGGAAGCUAUGAAGAAGGCUGUUUUGGAUAAGGAUUUCCAAUCGUUUGCCGAGUUGACCAUGCGUGAUUCCAACCAAUUCCAUGCUGUCUGCCUCGACACCUAUCCUCCCAUCUUUUACAUGAACGAUACCUCUCGUGCCAUCAUUCAGCUUAUCCACGAAUACAACGCUACUUCGCCUGAUGGUAAAUUGAAAGCUGCUUAUACCUACGAUGCUGGACCAAAUGCUGUCAUCUAUGCACCCAAGGAAAACAUGGCUGAAAUCAUCCAAUUGAUCGGCCACUACUUCCCUAGCAACAAAGAGCCCACUGAAUUCUUUGCCAACCCUUACAAUGCCAUUAGCGGUAAAAUCGGUCAAGACUUCAUCCCCAAGGACCAUACCAACUUUAAUCAAAAUGUCAUUCCUGUCCAACCUGCUGGCAGUGUCAGUAGAUUAUUACAUACCAAGGUGGACGAUGGACCUCGUGUAUUGAGCCAAGAUGAAUCUCUUUUGAAGCAAGAUGGUCUUCCCAAGCACCUUGCAUAG